AUGAGCUGGCGGCAUGUCGCGUCGCCCGACAAUCCCGCGGACGCCUUGUCGAGAGGCCUGUUUCCGAAAGAUUUAAUUCACUCUGAUCUGUGGUGGCAUGGCCCGGACUAUUUGCGGCAGCCUGAGGCUCAGUGGCCCUGUGGCAAGUUUAAUCGUUUAGAUAACGUCCCUGAACAAAGGAAAUCUGCACUUGCGAUGGUCAUUCGCACGGACUUCAGCAUCAUAAACGAUUUGAUUGCUAGAUUGUCUAGUCUAAACAAAAUAUGUCGCGUCAUAGCUUAUUGUCUCAGAUUCUCUAAACCCGCCUUAAAUAGACCCUCUACCGCGGAGACAUCCCCGGAGGAGGUUCUCCAAGCUCUACAUGUUUUAUGCAAGUUGGUUCAACAACAAGCAUUCACUACCGAGUAUCACGCACUAAGCAAAUCUCAAGACAUUGGUGCCUCGAGCAACUUAAACUGUUUGUCUCCUUUCAUGGACGAUCACGGCCUGAUGAGGGUAGGGGGGAGAUUGAAAAAUUCCUCGCUCUUACCAGACGCGUGUCAUCAAAUAGUCCUUCCGCGGAACCAUCUACUAACAAAACGUAUAAUUGAAUUCGAGCACGUUCGCAACCAUCACGCCGGCGUACAAGCUACUAUGGCUUUUAUCAGGCAGCGAUUUUGGCCUCUCUCUUUGAGAGCUAUAACCCGCAAGGUCUUACACAGUUGCGUUACUUGCUUCAAGGCUAAACCCGCGUUUUCGGAGGCCUUAAUGGGUUGCCUGCCAGCUCCAAGAGUCACGAUGUCUCGACCCUUCACGCAUUGCGGAGUGGACUACGCCGGUCCCGUGAACCUUAAAGAGGGUGCGCGUCGCAAUGCGCGAUGUCAUAAAGCAUACGUGGCCUGCUUUGUGUGCUUUGCUACCAAGGCGGUGCAUCUGGAGCUGGUCAGUGACCUGACCACUGAUGCCUUUAUCUCCGCUCUUAGGAGACUCAUAUCCCGCAGAGGGAGGCCUAAUCGCAUCUAUUCGGACAACGCUACUACCUUCGUAGGGGCAAGCCGGCAAAUGAAAGAAUUUUACGACUCGUUACGAACAAACGCUACGCAAACGGCCAUAGAACGAUUCUUGCGCGACCAGCAAAUCUCUUGGAGUUUCAUACCUCCUAACGCUCCGCAUUUUGGCGGCCUUUGGGAGGCGGCAGUUAAGUCCGCAAAACAUCAUCUUGCGCGGAUUGUCGGAGGGCAUAAUUUGACUUUCGAAGAAAUGCUAACUAUCCUUUGUGAAAUCGAGGCAAUAUUAAACUCGCGUCCCAUAACCGCGUUGAGCUCCGACCCGAACGAUAUGUCAUAUCUAAGCCCGGGGCACUUUUUGAUCGGCUCUCCUCUGAACAGCUUUCCUUACCCUGACCUAAGCGAUGUAAACACAAACAGACUCUCACGAUGGGAGGUUAUACAACAAAUGCGCCAGCAUUUUUGGUCCAGAUGGAGCGCCGAAUAUCUUCCUUCUCUCCAACCGCGCCUGAAAUGGAGACGGGAGAAGGGACCUCAGCUAGAAGUCGGUCAGCUUGUCCUAUUAAAGCAACCGGGCCUCCACCCCUUGCAAUGGAUGACCGGACGAGUGGAGCAAAUACACCCUGGCACAGAUGGCAUAGCGCGCUCUGCUACUGUCAGGACUGCUAAAACGUCAUAUGUCAGACCUCUUUCCAGGUUAGCGAUAAUACCAACGCAAGCGACGAAUCACUAA